GUUCGUGUUAGUAGUCCUCAGUGUCAACGUGAACAAUGUUCGGGAUUUACGGUGCUGUGCUAUUGAGCUUUGUAUUUGUAAUAGUUUCGGCUGGAUUUGACAAGGAAAUAUGCACAAACUAUGAAAUGGCUGAAAUAGAAUGUUGCUUGAACGAAUAUCCAGGAAAAAUGAUUAUUUUAACAGACGACACGGCUGAAUGUUUUUCUAAGGAAAAAUCUCCGUGCGAGCAAGAGUUGUGUCGAGCUAAGCAAUGGGGCCUCACUGGUGAUGACGAUAAACUUGACAGAUCCAAAGUACUAGAAGUCAUGUUUAAAAGAAUUACAUAUGACCCAAGUCUAUCGGAAGAAGUGAAAUCAAAGUGUAUCAAUGGUGACAUCAAGACAUAUGGAUCUGCAGAAUCAUGUGAAGGCGAAAGAGUUAAUCGUUGUAUAGUAACGCAAUGGUUGAAACGCUGUACAAAAUGGAACGACAACUCCACAUGCCAGCAAUUCAAAGAAUUCUUUGUAAAAGAAUGUUGAAUUUAUUUCCAUGAAUUUGUUAAUCUCAAAACCACUAAAUAAAAUGCAGCAUAAAAA